AUGGCGACGCCUACUUCACCUUCAAUGGACGCAACUGACCUUGAUGUUCUUGCCAAGGUUGAUUCCGCGCUGAAGUUCCUGAUGGAUGAUAGCGGCGUACCUUUACCGGUGCAACUUUCAUGCUACAAGUGCGGCUUUGAUUCUGUUCGCAUUUUCGCCGGCUUGGAUGACACCCAAGAAGCUGCACGUCAAGCAUUGAAAGCUGAAUUGCCCCUGGAUUACUCUGCGAGCCCAGAGAAGAGACGAAGCAUGGCACUAUUACUUCAUGUGUGCAAUGCUUGCCGCUUGCAGCUGACUGUCCAAGAAAAGCAAAAAUCUGAAGCCAAACUUGGCUUCGGUGCGCGUGUGGUACCCACUACUGGGCAUGCAACCAUGCGUACUGCAGUGGAGGCCACGCAUGGCAAACUAUGCGACCGAGAAGUCCCAUCAAAAUCAUUGCUGGCACAAAAAUUAGAACAAGUGGAAGACAAUUGCCCAGAAGCUGAGGACCUCCGGGAAGUGACCUCUGUGGAAGAUUCCGUGAAAGAAGCUUAUGCUGCCCUCAUUGCUGAUCCUGUUUCCAACACAGUUCGAUUCAAGCCAGGCAAAACUAUGACCACACCCCCAGGGACACCUGAAGAGUUGCGUCUGCGGCAUAGGCGCUUGGGGUUGGCUUGGGAGAUGGCUAAGAGUCGCCACCCUACACGUGCCUGGCUGCCGGCUCGCUGUGUAGAUGCCUUUCGAAAACUGUCUGACCACAUCCUGGGGUCCAAAAUUGCGGGCUUGCGUUUGGCUAACGGCCUCACCCCACCAUGGAGCACCGUGCCCUACAAUUUGGUGCGGACAGCGGAUGCAGACGACCUUGCCAGUGCCUUGGAGAAAGCAUGCAAAGCGCCGGAAGUGACCAGCACCCAUUUCAUUGUGCCGCUUACAAUUGCCGCAGCUGCCCCAAGCAAUGCCCCUUCGGGCCCAGUUUUGGAUCCCGCCCCCUUUGCGCGCGCAAAAGGGAAAGGCAAAGGCAAUGGCAAAACCAGCGUGCUGAAGCCUGUAAGGGAGACAGAAGCUGCAGAGGAAAUAAGCUCAGGCGAAGAUGAGGACCGCAUGCCUAAGCCCAAGCUAGGCGCCGGGCAUUGGGGACAUGGCCCCCCAUUGGUGUCGCGUCUGAUGGGCAAGCGCAAGCCUUUCUCCGAUGGAUUCGGCCUUUGCUCACCUGGAAGGUGGCCACCAGCCAUGCGGCGCACAUCGGCAGACACACCAGCGCUUGCUUUGAUGGAAGCUUUGGGGGUUGAGCUGGAAAAGAAUUUGCGCCAAACAUGCGACAUUCGCAAGUUGGCAAUGCAGCUACUAGCCACAGGUAAGCUUACAGAAUGUCCUUUUGAUGCAGCCACCAUUGAUAAAGGAACUGCUGGGGAUCCGGAUCACCGUGUUUAUUUCACUGCAUCACAAUCCUUUGCAAAAGGAGUACGCCUAGGGGUGGGUGCAAAGCUGCCACGUGUGCCUGCUGUCUUUGAAAGAAAGCAAAAAUGGCGCACACAUGCAGACGAAAAUUCUGGUACAGGGAUCCGCGAUAACUAUAUCAGCGCCGAGCAGCAUGCUGAUGUUGUGCAAGAGCAAUUUCAGCAGGAAGCGCAGCUGGGGGCAAUGACAGAGAUGAGCCUGGUUGAAGCAUGGCGAUGCUUUCCAAACCUGUGUGUAGCCUCGCUGGGAGCUAUUGAGGAAAAGGAUGGCAGCUACAGGGUGAUACAUGAUGGCACGCAUGGGAUAGACGUCAACAGCAAAAUCGUUGUACGUGACCAACUGCGAAAUCCCACGGCAGGGGACUUGCGGACAUUGCUGGAAAUUCUGCCAGGUGCCUUCUUCGCAUUGGCUGGUGACGUCAAGCGCGCCCAUCGUUUGGUAAAGGUUGCUCGGGAGGACUGGGGCUUGCAAGCAUGCAGAUCUGGAGCGCGCGGACCGGAGUGGGUGUUCCAGGCCGAUGAUGUGUCCUCGGCAGAGCCGCGCCCCAAAUACCGGAGGACAUUUUCUUCUGAACAGGUUGAUUCUGCCCGUGCCUUGGAGGAUUCUGAUAGGCGCAAGUGGGCGCGGGAAUGGGGCCGCUGCGCCCUUCAAGUGGCUGAGAAGAGCAGUUGGUUGAAGGAGGCCGCGGAUUUGUCCCCAGAAAACAUCAUCCGCACUUUCUUAGAUCGAGCACCUGCGACGCUGAAGAAGCAUUUGCAGGGCUGGCUUCGUUGGACUGCCUUUUGCUUAUUGUCUGGUUUUGAGGUAGCAGCACCUUCGCUGGCACAAUUAUUUACGUUUCUUGAUAGCUUGGCGGUUGGUUCCUUUUUGGACCGCGGCCGUGGACGCAGGGCCUUCGCUGUAGCAACGCUUGCUGCGCUACAGUUUGGGGCCUGGAAGCUGGGGCUCCCAGUGCUGGGGAACUUGUUGGUUUCUGCUCCAGUGAAGGCUUGGAAAAAGGGAACGGAUUGGCACAAAUCGCUCUGCAGGGAGGCGGUUCCUUUGCCUGUUGCUGUAGUCCAGGGUUUAGAGCAAGCUGCCAGUCAAGGUUCGGAAGAUAACUUGCGUGGCAUGGUCUGGGGCUGCAUGUCAGAUGGCUUCCUACAGAGUGCUUGGGGUGAUCGUUUGUUUCUGCAUAUUCAAGAUAUCCUGCGUAGGCACCCAUCACAAGACUUCUUGUUAGAGUUCAACGGGCGCCCAAUGUCCUACAGCAUGGGUCUUGCACAAUUCAGGCGUUGUUUGCAUAUCCAUGGCGGUGUUGCGUUGGAAGCUUGCUUGACCUUCAGCUUGCAUUCCUUGAAGACAACUUUGUUAACGUAUGCCAGUCAACGUGGCGUGGACCGCAAUUUGCGUGCGGCGCAAGGGCAUCAUCAGCUGAAGGAAAAUAAUGCCUGUGUGGAGCUGUAUGGUAGAGAUGAUGCGCAACCUAUGCUGGAAUGUCAAAAACAAAUCCGUUCAGCAGUGCAGAGCGGCUGGGUCCCCGCAAUUCCUUUACAGCGUGGCUUGGUCUUGCUGGAUACCUCUGCCAAUCCUUGUGUAGACAAUGUGGAGGAACCGUGCCAAGAUGAUAAAACAGAUGUGUCAAGCGACGGGGAGAUCAAUGUCAUUGAAACAAGUUCCAGCGUGUCCUCAGUACCUUCCAGUGAUGUGGAAUCGGUAGGCUCCGACGUGCGGGCAAGUUGUGAUGUAGCCGAUGAGGUCCUUCAUUUUCAAGGGCCUUGGGUAUUAAAUUGCGCCAGCGGUGUGGUCCACAGAGCUUGCUGGACGGAGGAGUCAGACAUUUUUUGCAUCGCCUGCCGCCCCUGUGCUGUGCUGCACCGUGGCUAUGAACUACACCACAAUGGCUGUAUUGCGAUUGUUUACUUGAUUUGUCUACAUUGUGCAAAUGGUGGCCUGGUUGUGACCUUUACACCGAUUGCGGAUGCCGGUUGCUUGGGUGUGGUGUUGGCAUUGGGGCGGCCUGGUGCUCCGGUUGCGGGUGCCGUGGCCUGGUGCACCGGUUGCGGUUGCCGGCUGCUUGUGUGGUGUUGGCCUUGUAGUGGCCUGGUGCAACGGUUGCGGGUGCCGGUUGCUUGUGUGGUGUUGGCCUUGCAGUGGCCUGGUGCACCGGUUGGGGGUGCCGGUUGCUUGUGUGGUGUUGGCCUUGCGGUAGCCUGGUGCACCGGUUGCGGUUGCCGGUUGCUUGUGUGGUGUUGGCCUUGGGGUGGCCUGGUGCUCCGGUUGCGGGUGCCGGUUGCUUGUGUGGUGUUGGCCUUGCGGUGGCCUGGUGCUCCCGUUGCGGCUGCCGGUUGCUCGUGUGGUGUGGCCUGGUGCACCGGUGGCGGGUGCCGGAUGCUUGUGUGGUGUUGGCCUUGCGGUGGCCUGGUGCACCGGUUGCGGUUGCCGGUUGCUUGUGUGGUGUUGGCCUUGCGGUGGCCUGGUGCUCCGGUUGCGGAUGCCGGUGGUGAUUAUUGCUGGUUGUUAAGCCUCCUGUUUGCCUUGCAGUGGCAGUGUUUUGCCCCGGUUGCGGUCCCGGGUGUUGAUUUCCUCGCAUGCUGGAAUUUGCAUGUUCGAGUAGCAAGUAGCAGCUGGUUCACAACUCAGUGCGAAGCUUUCCAGAGCCAUUCAGCUCUUUUCAUUGUUUCUUUGCUGCUGCAAACGAAAGCCAUGUUUGCUUGGGAAAAAUGCUUAGAAGCAGCAAAGAUCCCAGAGCCUGCGCGAGCCAAACUACUUGAGCUCGGCUUCGACACCCAAGAAGCUUUUUCUUUCAAAGAUGAGAAAGUGUUCGAAGUGUUUGCCAAAGAUUUCUUGCUGGUGGACUUGAAGCUGGACGGCGCAACUGAGACAAAUUGGGCUUGUAAGCCUUUGGUGCAAAAGCUUCGUGCCCUGUGGAUGAAGGGCUGUGGCGGCGGUGCUGCGCCACAAGCUUUGGCAUUGCCUUACACUCCAGUUGUUGUGGGGGCGUGUCCUGGAUCAGGUUUGCUGCUUGGUUCCAACAAAGGUUUGACAGUGGCUGACCGUGACCAGUUGCGCCGUGCCCUGGGGGCAAAGUAUACAGGUUGUGUGGUGGACUUGGAAUCACUUCCUUCCAUGCCUUUUCUUAACAUUGUGAAGACGCAGCAUGACAACAAGGCUUGGGAUUGGUUGCCAUGGAAGAAGGUGUUGAGCGAAAAGGUGGCUUCUGCGCUUAAAGAUAAGAAGCCUGCUCUCGGGCCCCUAGAAGUUUUAUGCGGGGCGAAUGUGGAGGAGCAGUUGGACCGUGAGUUGUCCAAUCAGCCCUUUCCUAUUUUGCAGUUGCUGACAGUGCGUGGGCAUGCGUAUGCCAUGGUUGGGAGCGGGCACUUAGGUAGCUGGACGCUUUACAACAACAGGUUCAUGAAAUUCUAUACUCAGGUGCCAGGACCCCACUUGCGUUUCUGCUCGGCCCAAGAAGCCGAAGAGGCAGACCAAGCUGCAAUGAGAGAAGUCUUCAACUUGUGCUAUGCAGGUUCGAGCAUUGAUGAUGCUUUACAUUCAAUUGCUGUUGACAGGGAUAUGCUCAGGUCUCUCUUGAUGCCUCGUCCAAAGUUGGAAAAGUUGUUCAGCAGAGAGCCAUUGGCGCGGAAGCGCCCAACAGCACCGGCCACAGGUCCAUCAAAAUGCUUACGCAAUGGAGAGUGUUUCAAGUGGCGCCUUGGUGAGUGCAAGCUGAAGAACUGCCGGUUCGCGCAUGCUUGUGCAGCGUGUGGAGCCACAGAUCACCAUGCUGAAAUUUGCAAAGAAGCAAGCGCAGAUCAUCGGAAGAUCCCAAAGACCAAGCCGCGGGGCGGCAAAUUUGAAUGA